ACGGUUCGGCUCAGAAGGAUAAACACCCGCGGGAUGGUUUUAAACCGCAUCUCCGACUGCCAGAAUUUAAAACAGCAGAAUUCAAUGAUGGAAACAAGUACGACGACCGGACGAAGAUGGAGUUCAGUAUCUGGCCUAACGCACCAUCGGGAGAGCAUCAUCAACGUCCCGGCCAGCAGUGGUCAAAGACUCCCCACUUAUGUCGAGCCCACCACUCAUCAAAAAGUUCAUCGUAUAAUUGAAGAACACAAGACCAAACGUCCCAGCAAGUCUUCAUCAUCUUCGUGCAACCUUCCAGAUUACAUCGUCGCUACCCGAGGAUUCUUCGCGAUCCGCGAAACCUCCAAGGAUUGUUCUCCAAUUUCUUCCUACUCUUCACGAAAAAAAAAUCAUCCAAACGAGUUGCUGAUCAACGGGCGAGAAGACACCAAAGGAAGAAUAAACCAAAAAUCUCCCAGCAACUGGGAACGAAGGGCCGAAGAUAGAUCAAGUUCUAGGUCGCGGAGCCUCAAGAAUAAAUCCGCUAAAGAAGGCAAUUGUACAACUACAACUGUUGCAGGAUUGGGAGCGAUUCCACCUGGCAAAAUACCCGCCGAUGGAAUACUGAAGAAAUCUACGACGCUGGUUUACAAACCCGGGGAUAAAGAAGUUAUCAGAGCGCUUAAAAAAACCGGAGUUAUCAAAGCGAGCAGUUAUCAAAAUUUGAGUACCGCUGAUGUUAAAAGAGACUCGAGGAUUCAUUUUGGUAAUAAUAAUAUUAAUAAUCCAAGAGCUGUGAAGAAGUCAGUGUCUUUUAGCUCUGAUACGAGCUUUGUGGCUAAGCGACUACCCACGCGUAAACCAGCUGUUCAUGAAGCCAAAGUUUAUCACAAAGGUGUUCUAAGAGAUAUUAAAAACUUGGAAUAUCCAAUAAAGAAGUUGGAAAUUAGUCGAGAAAAUAUGAAUCAGUUGCUGUUAAAAUCGGCUCGUGAAGCCGAUGAACUAGUGCUCAGUGACAUCAUUUCCCGGAUUCAAAGAUCCAAUUUGGAGCCCAUUGAUGUGAAUCUAACUGACACGAGUGGUCGGACUGCAAUAAGUUACAUGGCUGGUAAUGGUGCCGCAGAAUUAUUAGAAAUGGUUCUUAAUUUUCCCGGAGCUAACGUUGAUAUUCCAGACAAUGAAGGAAACACUCCACUUCAUUUUGCUGCUCAAGCUGGACAAGCAGAGUGUCUAAAUAUUUUACUUCAAAAAUGUACAAGCAUUCAAUUAGACUCAAGAAAUAUUUUAGGCUUUACUCCGCUGAUGAAAGCCGCACUGCAAGGACGGACUAAGUGCGCGAAAGUUCUUCUCUUUGCAGGAGCUAAUCCAACCCUGCGAGACCACGGCCGAGGGUAUAAAGCGGAGCAAUGGGCGCGAUUUUGCGGCCGGCAUGUGUGUGCUGACGUAAUCGAGCGCUUCACGAGGCAUCGAUUGAUGGAAAAGACUUCCUGCCGCUGGGGAAGCGAGCCCGAGCUCGCGGCGAAGGUUCUGCCGGUUCCUGUCGCGUCAUCCGGGCUCAAGUCGAAGCUCAAGCGAGUCUUUCGCAAUGUUGGGUCUGACAAAAGCUUCUCCUUGGUGUCUCAGCUCACUAAUGCUGCGCUCUGUGCUAGUUCACCUGCACUUCCCAAACCUGGAGACACGCCUAGUGACUUUAGUCGCGCCGUUGGAGAUUCUGGACAAGUGCGAGGUGAACUACGGAGACAAACUAGAAGGCUCGAAGAAACCAGCCCGUACGAAGAAGAAAACCAAGUAGCGUCUAAGGAGCUCUUCAGUUGCCAUUAA